GGCGCAGCACGCAGGAACAAUAGACCCCCCCCCCUCUCCUCCUUCCGCCUCCCCCUCCUCCCUCCCCUCCGCCCUCACAGUCUCAAGCGAUACUCAUGUUCUCCUCAGUCGCCAGGCUGCGACUUCUUCCUCUUUCUCUUCUCGCCCUCUCAACAGCUUCCUCCGUCUCUGCACACGUACAGUCUAUAUUUGCUUCUUCUGUAUCUUAUUGCUCUCCCCCAGAGUCAAUUCUCGUUCAACAAUUUGACAUCGCCUACCUCCCGAGCAACAACUCCGUCUCCUUCAACGUCUCAGCCGCUAGCGUCGAAAGCAACCUUAAUGUCUCCGUCAACAUUUUCCUCAAUGUCUACGGCUCACAUCCCAUAAACCUCACCGUCGAUAUCUGCAGUGUACUCAGCGGCGCUCUCUGUCCUCUCCCAGAGUACAACUUCGUCGGCGCAGAGAGCUUGCAGCUGCCAGACUCGGUAGACAUCAGCUCUUUCGUCCCUUCCAUCGCCUACAUCAUCCCAGACCUCGAGGCAUAUGCACAGAUCACCCUCAUCGAGACUUCGACCGGCGACACAAAGGCCUGUCUCCAGAUCACUGCCUCCAACGGCUGGUCCAUGCAUCAGCCCGCUGUCUCCUGGGCCACCGGUGGCGUCGCUUUCCUUGCUCUCGCCUCCGCUGCUUGGCAGUCUCUCGUCCCAGAGCCUCUCCUCGCUCCCUUCCGCCUCCUCGAUCUUCUCGGUCUUUACCAGAUUAUUGCUUUUUCUGCUCUACUCGACCUGAACUACUCCGUCGUCUAUCGCGCAUUCGCCCUCAACUUUUCAUGGGCCAUCGGUCUUUUCUUCCAGUCUGACUCUUCCAUCCAGAACAGUGUCGACAACAUGAGGAGGCUCACCGGAGGCGACGUCUCGGAUUCUUCCAGCGGAAACGGCGUCGCUCUCGUCAAUCGCAAGCUCAGUCCGUACAAUGACGUGGCGACAAACUUCGUUUCCCCCCUCUCCCGCCGCAGUUCAGCCGUCGCCGACUUUUUCGAGAGCCUUUUCCCGUCCGACUUUGCGUCCUCCAAGCUUGCCGGCACCUCAAACAGCCUCGUCAGCACUCCAUCCAUCCACGAGGCCGUGCAGACCGUCACCGCCGACUCGGAUAAUGUACUUGAGGCCGGUAUCCCCAUCUAUGCCAGCGCCGCAGGAGUCACCACAGACAAUGCUUUCAUGACGGUCUUCUUCGUGGCACUCAUUCUCUUCGCCAUCACCUUGGGUAUUCUCGCUAUCCUAUACGGCAUCCUCCUUAUUUUCACCCGCAAGGGCCUCAAUUCUCCGGUGUGGGCAAGAAACAUCCGCGGCAGGUACCCAAUUAUCGUUCGACAAUGGGCUCUCCGUGUCGGUCUUGUCUGUUUCGCACCGCUGAUCAUCUUCGCCUUCUUCCAAUGGACCCUCAACGACUCGUGGCUCGCCGUCCUCAUAUCGGUGAUCACCUUCCUCGGCAUCAUGGCCGCCGUAGGAUGGGCCGCCUUCAAGGUCUUCCUCUCGGCGAAACGGUCAGGCCCUGACAACCUCUCGUACGAAGUCCCCGAAUAUGAUCCCCUCUUCGGCGCGCACCGCAUCGCCCGCUGGUGGUUCUUCAUCGUACCCAUCGUCGCCAUCUUCGUCCGCUCUCUCCUCAUCUCCUUCGCAAAAGCGUCCGGGACGACCCAGGUCGUGUUCUUCAUCAUCAUCGACCUCUUCGUAUUCCUCUCCCUCUGCGUCCUCAAGCCCAACAGGACGCGACGGGCCGACGUGCUCACCAUCUUCCUCGCCCUCGUUCGACUCGUCGUUUCCGGCCUGUUGAUCGCUUUCAUCGAGUCUCUCGAUGUGGCUGCAAUCCCCCGUGUAGCCAUCGGCAUCGUCAUCGCCGUGAUCUGGUCAGUGACCGUCGUCAUCAUGUUCCUCAACAUCGUCUGGAACCUCGGUCUUCGCCGUCUAUGGAACGCCCGACGUUUCCGCAACCUAGACAGCAGAUCACCGUCACCGAGCAGAGGAGAAAAGGACGAAAGCAAAGUGGAACGAGGGCCAUUUGAAGAGAAGGAGGUUUCACCUGAUGCUCCCGUGCCCGUUCCUCACCAUACCUUGGAAGCACUCCCUCCGAGCGCGACGCUCACAGAGACUUCGUACGGGAGCGAGAUUCCGAGUCGAUUCACUGAGCACCAGUCGACCCCGCAUGGGAGGCCUGUAUCGCAGGAGACACAUUCGGCGUACUCCUAUGUCGAGAUGCCACCCUCGCCGGCACCACGCAACCGAGACUCGUAUUUCCCACCAAUACAGGAAGGGAAGGCGUUUUGAGGGGAGACCUAAUAGUCUGCGCUGCUGUUAUUCUUUUUCGCUAAUUACAUACUCAUACUCAUUCUUGCUGUCGCAUCAUUGUAUCACCUCGCAUGUGCAUGGAUAUAUCUGUCACUCGUUUACACACACACACACAUACUACAUGUUUUCUUUCUCUAGCUAUCCUUCAUGUGCAUUUGAUCAUCUUUUUUAUUUCUGCUUGAUGCAUACAUAUUUUUUCUUCAUCUCUUACGCUCGUCUGACACCUCUAUCCACCACCAUCUCGUGCAUGACUUGACUCUCACCUCGGACCUGCCCCGCAUCAAUCAUCGUAUGUAGGCGUUCCCAGACCUGAUACCGUCAUCAGCAUCUAUCAACCAUCUCUGCAUCCUUAUUUUUUUUUCGCCUGAACCCAUAGACUUCUUCUCUCUUCUCUCUCUUCUCUUCUCACGCCCUCCUGCUUUCUCCCGUAUCAUCUUUACCGUCCCUUGCACGUUCCAUGUAUAAUACACCCGAGGCCCCACGUUUUAUCAUAAUAAGCAUCCGGUCACCUCACAUCGCACACUUUGCCCUCCCAUUUGCGUGUCAUAGAGGUUUACCAGUGGUGGUGUUUCAGAUGACCUUUUCC